AUGAAGAUAAUCAAGCACUGCACCCAGACAUUCCCCACGACAGCCACCGGUUCCCUGGUCGGAAUGGACGUCAAGGGUACCCUCGAAAUCACAAACUGCUUCCCCUUCCCCGUCGUCGACCUGCCUCCGGACUCGCACCUCGACAUAUCGCCCUCCAGCGGCGCGGCGUCGGCACCCCGAGCAAAGUCCAACGUCGCAUACCAGGCUGAGAUGAUCCGCAUGCUGCGCGAGGUCAACAUCGACGCCAACAAUGUGGGGUACUACACCAGUGCCAACAUGGGCAACUUCCUCAACCUCAAUGUCAUUGAGAACCAGUACUUUUACCAGAAGGACAUGAACGAGACUGCCGUCACCCUCGUGCACGACGUCAGCCGCAGCUCUCAGGGCCCGCUCAGUCUGCGCGCCUUCAGACUCUCCCCGCAGUUCAUGACUGCCUUUAAGGAGAACAAAUUCACCGCCGAGCAUGACAUCUUCGUCGAGCUGCCAGUGACCAUCCACAACUCGCAUCUCCUCACCACCUACCUGCACCAGAUCCCCACCACCGCACCCAAGGAGGAACUCGACCUGCCCCCAUCCCUCGCCGCUUUACUCGCCAGCCCCCUCUCCAACCCGCCCAUGAACACGCCCAACUUCGACAACCUCUCUCUCAACAUCGACCCGUUCCUCGAGAAGAACUGCGACCUGCUGCUGGAGAGCAUAGAGACCCACCACACCGAGAACAACAACUUCCAGUACUACCAGCGUGCCUUGGCCCGAGAACAGACCAAGAUCGCCGCCUGGCAGGCCAAACGCAAGGCCGAAAACGUCAGCCGCGCACAGCUCAAGCAGCCUCUGCUCGCCGAGGACGAGUGGCAGCGUCUCUUCAAACUGCCCCAGGAACCAAGCAGGCUGGAAAGCAUGCUCAACACCUGCCAGGCAGAGCAGUACUCGAGACAGAUUGAUGGGUUCGUGGCAGCCACCACGGGCAAAAUGUUUGGCAUCAAGGGCAACCUCGUCCCCGACAACCAGUCUUAG